GGCUCAGCGUGUAGCAAUAAAGGCGCGGUCGAAAUCGCGCAAUCGCUCAGCUUCGAAAACCCGCAAUCAUUCCGUUAGUCGUAUUUGUGCUGAGGAUUUCGAGUUUGGGGAAACUCUCGGCGAGGGCUCUUACUCUGAGGUGAAGCGUGCAACGCAUCGUGGUUCAGGGCAGCAGUAUGCAAUAAAGAUCCUCGAUAAGGGCCAUCUGAAACGCAAGCAAAAACUUCCGGUUGCUCUUGCGGAGAAAAAUACUCUAGUCAAACUAGGUGCGGGUCACCCGGGCAUAGUCCACCUACACUGGACAUUUCAAGAUGAAUGGAGUUUAU